AAGCGCCGCGCGAGCGCGUUUCUUCCAGCCCCGCUCGUGGGAACGUUGCGCUUUAUUUGUGGGCGGAGCCUCACACACCUGCGCGAGCCGUUCUUUUACUUGUUAAAAUCCCGCGAAGAGUGAAGCGCUUCCAACUUACUGUUCGUCUACUUACACCAUCCAUCACAUCAUCUCCAUCCCACACCCCAACGAGAAUGGAGGACGGACACGAGGACGCGUCCCGUCAGCAGCUGGAACAUCUGGGCAUCUCCAUGGACGCGGUGUCCACCACCGGCGGGGAGGACGAGAGGGCGAAGGCGGACACGAACGCCGCACGGACGGAGCUGAAAGCCGUAGAGAAGCCGCCGUACUCGUACGUCGCGCUCAUUGCCAUGGCCAUCCGGGACAGCACGGAGAAGAAGCUGACGCUGAACGGGAUCUACCAGUUCAUCAUUUCUAACUUCCCUUACUAUGAGAAGAACAAGAAAGGGUGGCAGAACAGCAUCCGCCACAACCUCAGCCUCAACGAGUGCUUCGUUAAAGUGCCCCGGGACAGCGGAGGAGGAGGAGGAGGAGAAGGGGGAGGAGGAGGAGGGGAGAAGAAGGGCAACUUCUGGACGCUUGAUCCCGCGUUCGAAAACAUGUUCGACAAGGGCAACUACCGGCGCAGGAGGCGCGUCAGGAGAGCUUGCCGAGCGCCCUACAUACCGCCUGUAAACUUCCCCGAACCUCUGUACUUCCACCAGGAGCCGGUGUACUGGCAGAGCGCAUGGAGUGUCCUGCCCCAGCCGGUUUCACCCUACAGCACCUUCCACGGCACCGGGAACGCGCGUCCUGCGUCUCCCAACGCUUACGCCAGCUCCCCUGUAAGUUAUUAUCACACUGCCAAUGUCCACCCGUCCUACGGACCGUACCAGCGCUCGUACCAUGCUCUUGCGCCGCACAGCGGGCGCACUUUAAGCGCCCCGGAGAGCCAUGGCGCUAUUCCCAUCGCCAGCUACACGCAUCAGCAUCCGUACAGCCAGGCCGAUUUGAAGCACGGCUUUGACUGAGGAGGAAGUUCAGGAGAGUUCAGUCCAGAUUUUGGGGAUCUGUAUCCUACAUGCAGGACAAGUUGGUAAUAUGGAUCCAUGUUUUUUUUCUUGUUUGAAGUAAAGUGCGUUGGUUUAUCGCAUCUACAUUAAUCCCUAAUGACUUAACUGAAUCGAUUCAGUCAUUGAUCGAGUUGUGUAAUGUUUACUACACACUUUUCUAGAUAAAAAAAAUUCUAGACCUGCACCAAUAUAAACCGUUCUGAGAACAGCUUUAGAAUCAGUGCCCGAUUCGUUUGAAGCAAUCUGCAAUUCUAAAACUGUUCUCAGACCUGCCUUCGUGUGCGCACUAACGAAUUCUAGUUCUAGAAUUAGACAUGGGAAAGUAAUUUCAGA